UAGUCCCAGCCAUCAAUGUUCCCAGAAGUGGCUUUGCUGCUCCUGGACUCUUACUGGCCCCCCAUCGACCCUUGGACCAAUAACUGCCAUAAAAAUAAUCCUGAUCCUGCAGCCGCAGAGAUGUUGAUGCCUAAGAAGAACCGGAUUGCCAUUUAUGAACUCCUUUUUAAGGAGGGAGUCAUGGUGGCCAAGAAGGAUGUCCACAUGCCUAAGCACCCGGAGCUGGCAGACAAGAAUGUGCCCAACCUUCAUGUCAUGAAGGCCAUGCAGUCUCAGUCCCGAGGCUACGUGAAGGAACAGUUUGCCUGGAGACAUUUCUACUGGUACCUUACCAAUGAGGGUAUCCAGUAUCUCCGUGAUUACCUUCAUCUGCCCCCGGAGAUUGUGCCUGCCACCCUACGCCGUAGCCGUCCAGAGACUGGCAGGCCUCGGCCUAAAGGUCUGGAGGGUGAGCGACCUGCGAGACUCACAAGAGGGGAAGCUGACAGAGAUACCUACAGACGGAGUGCUGUGCCACCUGGUGCCGACAAGAAAGCCGAGGCUGGGGCUGGGUCAGCAACCAAAUUCCAGUUUAGAGGCGGAUUUGGUCGUGGACGUGGUCAGCCACCUCAGUAAAAUUGGAGAGGAUUCUUUUGCAUUGAAUAAAACUUACAGCCAAAAAACCUUAAAAAAGAAAAA